AUGGAUAAUAAGCGUAUCUUUAUCUUCAAUCUUAUGAUAGUCUUCAUGACUCUCUAUUAUUAUCGUUUUUCUACUGCCCAAGAUGGUGUUUCUUUAAGCACAGAUCAACUUGCUCUUGAAGCGAUUAAAGCUCAAAUCAGUGUCGACCCUUCGGGUGUUUUAUCAAAAAACUGGUCUACAAAAACCUCCGUUUGUAACUGGAAAGGCGUUACUUGUGGUUCUCAAUCUCGAACUCAAAGGGUCAUUGCCUUGGAUCUAUCUUACAUGGGUCUUGUUGGAACAAUCUCUCCACAUAUUGCUAACCUUUCAUUCCUCUCGUUGCUUAACCUCACAAACAAUAGUUUUUAUGGCCCAAUACCUCCUGAGAUCGCGCAGUUGCGCCAUAUGGAAAAAGUGUACAUGGGAGGCAACUAUCUCACAGGAAGGCUACCCCUUUGGUAUUUUAACAACAUGCCAAAACUUGAAAUAUUGUAUCUGAAUGAAAAUAAUCUCACAGGCGCUCUCUCUCCGUAUUUUCUUAAUAACAUGACAAGUCUAAAAACACUACGUUUGAAUGAUAAUUCGUUACAAGGAAACAUCCCAAAAGAAAUUGGUAAUGGAUCUUGUUUGCAUGAUUUUCACGUGAAUGAAAAUCAGUUAACCGGGGUUGUGCCACCAACGCUUUUCAAUCUAUCUUGUAUAAGAAAGAUUGAAUUAUCAGGGAAUAGUCUAUCUGGAAGUCUGCCAGACGAUAUGUGCAACGACCAGCUCGGUAAGCUCAGGCUGUUAUUUAUAUCUCACAAUGCAUUCACAGGACCAAUUCCAUCAAGCAUCAACAAAUGUCAGCAGCUUCGGUAUAUGUCCAUGUCAUUUAAUAAUUUCAGUGGCAUCAUACCCAGGGAAAUUGGAAAUCUGACUCUUUUGAAAGAGAUAUAUCUUGGUGAUAAUGACUUGCAAGGGACAAUUGCAUAUGCUAAUACUUCUACUCAAAACUGUAGGAAGGUUAGUAGUAAAAAUUUAGUUGUAGAAAUUUUGUGGGAAACUUUUGUAGCUACAAAAAAUGAAGAUUUCUAG